AGCAAAUUGCUCUCGGAAAUUACGAUAGGCCCUCGGGAGUAAAAGGUAGAGUUCACAUGGAACCAGCAGUAGAGUGUUAGCUCACAAGUUGAGCACAAUUAUCCAUAAAGGUUACACCUUAGCUGAUAUCAGUGGCUUGCUGCUGCACGUCUGACAGAAGAUACAAAAAAGAAAACACAACACAAUACAUAGGAGAAAAAGUUUACAUAUACAUAUAUAUGUCGUGUCAAAUGUCUGUUUGCACCAAAAAUACUGAGAGGAAAAGUUAAUCGUUCUUGUCCUGUGUAGCUUCAAAGGACAUCGUAUUAUCCAGUAGGAAUUACACUAUGGUUCUUCGGUUUGGACAAAUUCUACGCUUCAUCGGAUUGAAACGAUUGAUUAUCACACUAUUGCUUAUUAUGUCUUUAUAUGGCCUAAGUAUUGCCGGGCUUUUAGGCUACCCGCUCACAGUUUUACAGUUGCCCAGCAGAUGGUUAUCGAAGAUCAUUCCAGGAUCGGCGACAAUUCCAACAGAGUUUUCUAACACAUAUCAACUGAAGCUCAGGGAAACAAUUAAUAGCAAAUUGUUUCAAACAAAUCCCAUCAAGGAGAAACAACAAACAAAAGCACCACAUUUACUAUCAAAAGGUCUUAAAUUUUCAAGAAAUUUAGCCAAAAAAAGACCAGGGCUAUUUUCAUUGAUCGCAACGAGAGAGCAAAACUUUAAACGGAAACAAUUACUAAAUGGUCAGUGUCAGCGACAUGGUGUCAGACGCCCUCCGCUUAAUUAUCUGAUGCUUGUGAACCACCAACAUAAAAUGGUAUUCUGCUACAUCCCUAAAGUUGGCUGCACAUUCUUUAAACGCCUUAUGUUGAUUCUCAAUGGGAAAUAUCAGAAUGUUUCUAGUCCGUAUGAUAUAGCACCAACCAAAAUACACAUGUUGCCAAUAGAUCUCCUUUCGACUCGUCCCAGAGAAAAUGCCGCAGUCUUGAGGGCUUACAAGAAAGUAGUUUUUGUUCGGGAUCCUUAUACACGCCUUUUUUCAGGUUAUCUCGACAAAAUUUUCAUGCCACGACAAAUGUUUAAAACCCUGUGUACUUAUAUUAUUAAAACUUUCAGGAAAAGUGUGGUUAAAAAUUCAAGUAUUAUAUGUCCUCUUGAUGUAACUUUUGAAGAAUUUUUGCGUUAUGUCAUCCAUUCAAAUCUGAAGAAUGUAAAAAAAAAUUAUCAUUUUGGUAUGAUGCAUGAUCUGUGUGGUACCUGUAAUAUCAAGUAUGAUAUCAUAGGGAAACUCGAUACUUUUGUCCCUGAUUUGAAUUUAAUGUUUGAAGAAAUUGGUGAAGGUCAUAGAAUGUCAGCCAAAAAUAUGGUAACUGAGAGAGUUGGAGAUGAUCUUACAGUUGUCGUUGACCACGCCUUUCAUAACAAGAAUAAUACAUGUGUGGAUUUCUCGCAAAUUUUGCGCCGCACAUGGCGAAGAGCUCAGAUUCGAGGAUUCGUCAGUAUGGAUUUAGAUUUCCCUUUUACCAAUAACCAGACAUUAUUUGUAACUAAACAAGAAUUUUUAGAUACUAUUAAAGAUGCCAGUCUGGUUUCAAAAAAUGAUAAAAGUUUAAAAGUCAUCAAAAAUGAAGCAAUGUCUUACGCUUAUAGUACAGUACCAAUGGAUGUUUUAGAUCAGUUAGAGGUUCUUCUAAAAGAUGACUGUUUACAAUUUGGAUACGACACAAGGCCAAAACAUGUAUUCGAAGCCAAUCAACGAACAUGGAAUUUUAAUUAUUUUAAUGUUUGAGAUAUAUACAUUUAAAAUGAAGCACAAUUUAUUAAUAA